AUGUCAGAUAAAUCAAAUAUACUCAAGAAAUAUAAAAUUGUAUUUUUAGGUGAUCAAAGUGUCGGUAAAACUUCUUUAAUUACAAGAUUUAUGUAUGAUACAUUUGACGAAACUUAUGCUGCAACUAUUGGUAUUGAUUUUUUAUCAAAAACAAUGUAUUUAGAAGAAGGUAAAACUAUUAGAUUACAAUUAUGGGAUACUGCUGGUCAAGAAAGAUUUAGAUCUUUAAUACCUUCUUAUAUUCGAGAUUCUCAUGUUGCUGUAAUAUGUUAUGAUAUAACAAAUAAAAAAUCAUUUUUAAAUUUAGACAAAUGGAUUAAAGAUGUUAAAUUAGAAAGAGGAGAUGAUGUAAUAAUAGUUUUAGUUGGAAAUAAACUGGAUUUAGCUAAUGAUAAACGACAAGUUACUAUUGAAGAUGUUGAGUCUUUACAUUUAAAAAUUGGUUCAAAAUUUUUCAUUGAAACUUCAACAAAAGCAAAUCAUAAUGUAAAAUUAUUAUUCAAAAAAAUUGCACAAUCAUUACCAGAGUUUAAUAAUGAAGGAACUGAAAAUGAGAAUAAUACUAGUAAUAAUAAUCAUAAUAAUCCAGAGACAAUUGAUAUUACAAUAGAUAAGAACGCUCCCAAUCCACAAACUUUAAAUACAUGUUGUUAA